AUGGGUGCAGUAAAGCUUGUGGGUGGUGACCAGGUCACUUUUUGGCAGCACUACUGUGGCGAGGAAGGUGACGUUUGCAACCUCUAUCUGUCAGGGUCCUCCAAAAUGAUGCUGGUCCUCACCAGCCUGGUGAACUCGACAAUGGCGUGGACUGCCGAAAGGAACAGCCGGGCGAGGUUCCUGGCAGCCAGGUCGGUGCAACUCACGCGGCAGCGCAUCGAUGCCAUCGCGAGCACUCUCAUGCCGCCCAUGGUGGUGGAGGAGAUGCGAUCUCUGCCCUUCGACGCUCCUCUACCGUCCCACAAGUACCAGAGGGCGACGAUCGCACAGUCCGACUUGUGUGGAUUCACCAAGCUGGCCAGCACGAGAAUGCCGCAGGAGGUAGUGCAGUUUAUUGGAGAUUUGUUCCACCUUUUCGAUGAUUUGACAGACAAGCAUCAGGUCUACAAAGUCGAGACUGUCGGUGAUGCCUACAUUGCGGGGCAGGCGGAUUUGCCCCUCACGCAGAAGAACCAUCCAGUGAGCGUGGUUCUCUUCGGACUUGAAAUGGUCCGAGCUGUACAUAGCUGGGCAGGAGCACAUGGCUUCGUUGAUGGGCAGGGUUGCAGCGUGAGCUGCCGAGUGGGCAUCGCCCACGGGGCCUGCAUCGGGGGCAUCGUGGGCACAGAGAUGCAAAGGUACCAUCUCUUUGGAGAGCUGAUGUCGGAGUUGGAGGUCUUGGAGUCCACUGCUCCCCAAGGCUUGGUGCAGGCGAGCACCGCUUGCAAGAACGUUGCCGAAGAGAUCAUGCGUGUGGAGAAGAUCCCAAGCCAGCUGUUAAGCUUCGAGCAGCGCGACCUCCCGUACCUGCAGACGUCCAAAGGAGACGUCGUACCCUUGGAGAAGGCGAAGUAUAAGAGUCGUGGCUUCGUCGCCGAGAGCUAUGCCGUAAGCAACGGCAAGGUGCAGCAAGCCGGCUCAGCCCUGCCACGGCGUGCCGAGCCAACCGAGGCAGAGCGCAAGGCAGCUCGGGAGAUGCUCAAGGGGUCCCCCGUGGGCGAGAUGGGGACGUCCAUCGGGCAGGACGGAGCCAGCACGCUUUACACCGUCGUCGGUGGGCUCUUCCUCUUUAUGCUGCUGUUGACGGCCGCCGUCGUGUCAGGGGCUAUCGGCUGA